CCUCAUCCCUUUUCCCUCCCCGACGAAGAAAACCCCUCCUCCCAAAGUUUUCGCGCACCCUGUUUCUUUCUCCUUCGCUGACCAUCGAAGAAAACCGUCGCCCUCCUCCCCGUCGCUGGCCGUCGAAGAAAACUGUCACCCUCCUCCCCAUCGCUGGAAGCUUCUUCUCCGUCCAAGGUUGUUGACGAAAACCGCCACAACCCUCCGUUUGAACAAGGCCGUCGAACGCAACCCUCCUCUCGGCCAACCGCCGUCAAUUCUGUGCGAACCCCUUGUCGAUUCUGUCUCACUCCAAUCCAAAAUGGUGUGAACCCCACUUUAUUCCAUGACCGAAAGAUCCGGUGUUUGUGACGUGAUGGUUAUGGCAUUUGCCGAGUCAUUGAUGCAGAACUUGCCAUUGCAGCCCGAGUAUGCAUAUGAGAACAUGGCAGCAAAAAGAUGUGCAUUUGCAAUGACGCUCUGGACUUUGAGGAAGAUCCACUUAGACUACUUUGGGUCUGCAUGUUUAAUGUAGGCUGGGUUUGGUUGUAAAACAUUGAUGUAACCUUACUAUGGAGUACAUUUUUUUGUGCUCAUUUUUUGCCACCAUGGGUUUGGUUGUUAAAUGUAGGAGGUUGUACAAUGUUACACUAACAAUUUGUACAGUGUCCUAGAAUGUACUCCCACAUAUUACCUGAAUUGGUAUGCCUUUUUGUUUUUGUGGCAAACACUUAUUGUUUAUGGUGUUAUUAUAUAUGAGGGAUGCCUUUG